AUGGUGGAUACUACCUCUGUAUGGCUCAACCAGACAUUAGGGGGAUUCGGCAGAGACCUGCAGGACAUGAAAGAGAGGUUUGGCAGAGACCUGCAGGACAUGAAAGAGAGGUUUGGCAGAGACCUGCAGGACAUGAAAGAGAGAUUUGGCAGAGACCUGCAUGAAAUGCAAGCAUUAAUACAGAGCCAAAGGAUAUCUAUUAGACCAGUAACUAUUGGACCAGUAACUAUUGGACCAGUAACUAUUGGACCAGUAACUAUUGGACCAGUAAGUAUUGCACCAUUAACUAUUGGACCAGUAACUAUUGGACCAGUAACUAUUGGUCUAGUAACUAUUGGACCAGUAACUAUUGGACCAGUAACUACUGGACCAGUAAGUAUUGGACCAGUAACUAUUGGACCAGUAACUUUUGCACCAGUAACUAUUGGACCAUUAACUAUUGGUCUAGUAACUAUUGGACCAGUAACUAUUGGACCAUUAACUAUUGGUCUAGUAACUAUUGGACCAGUAACUAUUGGACCAGUAACUUUUGCACCAGUAACUAUUGGACCAGUAACUAUUGGACCAGUAACUUUUGCACCAGUAACUAUUGCACCAGUAACUAUUGCACCAGUAACUAUUGCACCAGUAACUAUUGGACCAGUAACUAUUGGACCAGUAACUAUUGCACCAGUAACUAUUGGACCAGUAAAUAUUGCACCAGUAACUAUUGCACCAGUAACUAUUGCACCAGUAACUAUUGGACCAGUAACUAUUGCACCAGUAACUUUUGCACCAGUAACUAUUGGACCAGUAACUAUUGGACCAGUAACUAUUGCACCAGUAACUAUUGGACCAGUAACUAUUGCACCAGUAACUUUUGCACCAGUAACUAUUGGACCAGUAACUAUUGGACCAGUAACUAUUGGACCAUAA